AUGACCGCUCCUGGCGGCGAGGAGGUGACCCAGAGCUGCUCGGGGGAGCUGGAGCUCUGGUGGCCGUUUCUCUAUGGCUAUGCCAAGGGCCUUAUACCGUUCAGGGGCCUUGUCUGCCCAGUACUGUGUGAAAUGUUGCCAGUGCACCCUCUGGGCUGCUCGCUUGGCAGCCGCUAUUGA